AGGAAAGAGUCAGGUAAGAUGGCAUCCUCUCCAUGGCAAAACUCUGAGGUAUAUAAACAUCACCAUCAGAAGGAUGUAUGCUUUACAAGACCGAAGUACAGAGAGGGGAGGAAACCCAAGGCUGUCAAGGUGUACACAAUCAACUUAGAGUCACGCUACCUGUUGGUGCAAGGAGUGCCAGCACUAGGAGUAAUGACAGAGCUGAUCCAACUCUUUGCACUUUAUGGAGCUGUUGAGGAGUACCGCAUAUUGGAUGAUUAUCCUGCAGAAGAGUUCACCGAAACCUACCUUAUGAAGUUCCAAAAAAUACAAAGUGCAAGAGCUGCAAAACGCAAGUUGGAUGAAAAAAGUUUCUUUGGUGGUUUGCUUCAUGUCUGUUAUGCACCAGAAUUUGAAACAUUGGAAGACACAAGAGAAAAGUUACAAGACAGAAGGCAGUUUAUUGCAAGAGUAACCCAUAACAAAAAUAAAAAUCUGCCUAAAUUGGAAAAGUCUAAAGAAGCCGACAGCAGUGCUAUAAGAAGCACCUUACGGAAAGAACUUGCAGCCACAGCAAAGGAAUAUGUUGCCAGUGAGACUGAACAUUCCUCCUAUUAUGGUUACCCAAUGCUACCACCACCUCCCCAAGAACAUCUGUCCGUUUUGUCACAUGUGUCUGGUUACAGGGAGCAAACUAUCCGCACUCCGUCACCGUUUCAGUUGAAUUCCUCUUACCCAAGUGAGAUGCCUGAACCUUGGAAAUUAAAUGAAAAGGAGGAAACUUCAGUAAGGCCAGAGAAAACGACUCCUCCAGGUGCAAAGCCUAAGCACAUUUCUGACCUUCAUUGUGGCACAAGAUUUAUUCCAAGGACCACGUGCUUGCUGGACAGAAAACGUAAAAAUGAACAAGUGGGAACUAAUUUAUUAGUUGGAAGCAGUGCAGAUCAUACAAGUGAAGUGUUAAUUGGUCCAAAAUUACCAAACACGCCCAAAGUAGACAUGGGAGAUACCUCAUUAAACAUAACAGCAGACUUGAUUCGAAACAAAAUAUUAAAGGUUUCUUCAGUGUCUGAGGUGAAAGAAGAAAAUCGGAACCUGCAACAAAACAAUCAACCAAAACAGCGACGGAGAAUCUGACCGUCUACAGCUUGUAAAGAUUUAAGACGUGUGGAUUGUUAAUUUCCCUACCCAAUCACACCCCAGACUGCUAUUCAGGAUUGAUGAAUGCACUGUAUGACCACUCAGUAAACCAGUAUGUAUGUACAGCAAAACAGUAAGCUUCAGAAAAUGAAAAUGUUUUAAUCUGGUUAUGAAGUAUUGUUCCUUCAGUUAAAACCGAUUAAAAGGAAAGUCUUCCAUAAUUCUUUGCAAUUGAUACAUGAUAGUGUACGCGUCACUAUUUACAAAAUAAUUUUUUUUUUUUAAAUAACAGUUCUAUUUCCAGGAUCAUUAGUUGUCAAUGUCUUGCUGGAAAGCCUCUCCUUCAAAUGCAAGUACAGUCUGUUGAGAAAAGAAAAACAAAAAUGGUAUAAAAUACUUUACACCUGAUCUGACUUCACAAAAAAAUGAGGACAUAGGCAAUAAUAUUCACUAUAACAGUAAGAAGUUGGUUCAUCUCAGAGUAGGCAACAACAAUAUAAUCUAUAAAUCUUGUUUUGGACCUGCUUAAUGCAGGAUUGUGGACAGGCUAGAGUUAAACCAGAGAGUGCUGGGUGCAAUGCCACUCCAGGGCGGCCUCAGAUACAGUGAGCCAAUUAGAAAGUUAGCAGAUGUGAAUUUCUUUGAGUUGGCGCUGUGGUAAUGCUACUGCUUUGCAACAAAAAUGCCAUUUUUCACAUCACAGGUUGUUUGUGUGGAGUUUAAAUGUUCUCCUUGUGGUUGUGUGGGUUUCCUCUCAUAGAUUACAAAUCUGCAGGUUAGGUGGAUUAGCAUUGGUAAAUUGACCCCAGUUUGUUUGUCUGUGUGUCCAUCCUGGAAUGGACUGGUGCCCAGGCUAGGGUUUGUCCCUGAUGUGCACCCUGCGCUUGAUGGGUUAGGUUCCUGCAGCCCGGUGACCGUUUGGAUAUUGCCAGUUUGGAAAAUGGAUGAGUAUCUUUGGGCUUUGUGUGGAAAACCUAUGCAGAUGUGGGCAGAACAUGCAAACUUGAUGCAGAUGGUGACAAGUGAGAGGUACACACGUUUUCACUUAUACCUUGGUGUCUGGCAGACAUGAUCCAAAAGCUUCAAGCAAGAGCUCUUCAUCUCUAACGGCCUUUUCAAAGUCUGAAAAUGAAAGCCUGCCAUCGUGAUCAUGGUCCUGUUAAAAAGAGAAGAGUAUUUUAGAAACAAAACGUGCAUAAUAUCUAGAUGUACAAGUUGUCACACUAGUGACAUGCGUAUAGCGCCCAUAUAAACUUCAUAACUAAGUUGUAGUGUUUAAUUAGUGUGUAUUAACAGUAAUAAAAAAAAAAAAAACACAGUAAAAUUAUUACACUUUUUUUUGUGAUAAAGCUGUGCUUUUUUUGUCCUUGCUUACAUAGUAGCCGAUGCCAUUUGUCUACAGGAUCUACUAGAGAAAGGUUUUCACUUUACACUAAGACUGUAAGCGCAUCAUGUGGUACUCCAUGAUAAAAUUACUCAAAAUAAAUAUGUGCAGCCUUCCACAGAUGCUUUACAGUAUUUCUAAGACUUGUUGUUAUAAUACAUUUGUCUACAGCUGAUAUAGAAAGAUCACACUUCAAGGAUCUGCAGGCGAGAACGCUGGCAAUUUUGAAAGUGAAAUUAAUAUUUUUGUUUUACUUAAUUACUUUUGUUUUUUGUUGCUGGUUUAAUGUUAAAGGUGCUAACAAAACAUUUUAAUAGUUGGUGACAUACCAUGGCUGCCAUCUCUAAGAAAUUUGACAAACUAGAGGAGGCCAUUCAGUACAUCAAACCCAUUUGUUUAGCUGCUUGUUAAAGGUUGUCAGGGGGUCUUCUGCUGCUAUUGUUCAGUAUGUUGCUGCAGGCCCCCACAAGUUGGCAUUCUGGCUUCAGUCCUUCCUCGUGUGUACCACACAUUACUGGAGUGAUGCUUAUGCCAGUGGUUGCCAAUUUUAGAUCUAGUGGAAGAGUUUGGUUUCCAUUGGCAACUUUUACUGAUUCUGAGGUGUAUUUAGUUCAUUUACUUUUUUCACAUUCAUAAAUAAUUGCCAAAUUUUGGUGUGCUUUAUGCAGAGAGAGGUUGAGAACCUGCACUGAUACAGCGUGUUCCUGCACACAUCCCAUGAAGACCAACUACAAAUCAAAUUUUCGAUUAACCUACUGGAACAGCAUAUUUUUGGGGGGGGUGGGGGGCGUCCUUGUCACUGUUCCAUUGUCAUGGACUCUGAUCACAGGUCAGACACUCACUGUGGAGUUUGUCCUGUGGCCAAGUGCGUUUCAUCCAAGAAAGCAAGUUUCCUCCCACGUUUCACAGAAAGACCUACAAUUUAUGGCUGUUAACCGACAAAUUGGCCAGUUGUGUGGGCCUUGCCUCUUAUGCUACACUCUGUGACCCAGGAUUGUAAUAUAUGAAUUCAAAAAAGUAAAUGAAUUUUCUUUUCUAGGCAGGAGAUGUAUUUUACUUUGAUGUCCACUCCUUUUUUUUUAAUUGUCACUGUAACAGAAACUAAUGAAGGAACAAUCUGUAAGCUAUGAAUUAAAACAGAAUACUAUACUCAAUGGAAAAUA